UUCAAGUGAAAUUUAUUUGUCAACAAGCUGUCAGUCGCGAUGUUAUUAUUUUUCAUUAUUUCAUUUUAAACUUUUGUAGAUUCAAAUUCAAUAAAAAUGUUACAAAGAUUACUUUGUAAAAGUUUAAACAUUAAAGUAUUUGGUGGCCAGAUAAAUUUACUGUUUAAGUUACCACCUUCGAGUCAUUCCUGUGAACAAUGUAGAUUCAGGUUAUUCUCUAGUCAGAAACUUUCAACUUUACGAAAUAAUUACGGCAGGACGUUAUUCCUAGGAAAGGAUGUAUAUUUUGGGAGACCUAGGUACUAUACUAGCCAAGUUGAUGCUCAGAAAAAAAAUGAACACAUCGAAACCAUCAAAGAUAAGACAGUGAUAGCGACCUCAAAGAAGAUAAACGUAAAAUUAAAGCCUUCGGAGUUGAAGAGACUGCUUUCUUUGGCAGAGCCAGAAAAAUGGACCCUUGCUGGUGCUAUUGGAUUCCUCUUAAUAUCUUCCAGUGUGACAAUGGCAGUACCAUUUUCAUUGGGCAUGGUGCUGGACAUUAUAUACAGUGGCACAAAUGACCUCAUAUCAGCUAGGGAGAAACUAGAUCAGUUGUGUCUGGUGCUAUGUGGAGUCUUCUUCGUUGGUGGAUUUUGCAACUUCGGCAGAGUUUACUUGAUGUCAAUAUCUGGUCAAAGAAUGACGCAAGCACUUCGUAAACAAGUGUUUGCGUCUAUAAUGCGCCAAGAGCCGGCGUGGUUCGCUAAGACAUCCACUGGAGAGUUAGUCAAUAGACUAUCAGCUGAUACUCAGCUGGUUGGACGCAACCUUAGUUCAAAUGUUAGCGAUGGGUUGAGAUCGCUGUUUAUGGUUGGAGCUGGCACUGGAAUGAUGUUCUACAUGUCACCGUCCCUAGCCCUAAUAGGGUUGUGUGUAGUUCCUCCUGUAUCGAUGUUAGCUAUUAUUUACGGUCGAUUCGUGCGGGGCAUCACUAGGCAGUUGCAAGACGCUUUAGCAGAGACUAGUGAGUUAGCUGAAGAAAAAAUAUCGAAUAUAAAAACAGUGAAAUCCUUUAGUAAGGAAAAGAGCGAAUGCGAGUCGUACGCACAAAGAAUAGAAACACUAUUGAAUUUGGCUUAUAAAGAGUCCUUAGCAGUUGGUAGUUUUUACGGUUUGACAGGCCUAGCUGGCAACACUAUAAUAAUCCUAGUGCUGUACUAUGGUGGGGGAAUGGUGGCGACUGAACAGUUGACGGUUGGCAACCUCACCUCCUUUCUGCUGUACGCGGCCUAUGUGGGCAUCAGUAUCGGAGGCUUGAGUAGUUUUUAUACGGAGUUGAACAAGGGUAUGGGCGCUGCGACCAGACUGUGGGAAAUUAUUGACAGGGAACCUAAGAUACCAGUUAUAGGUGGUAUACGACCAAAAGAGCGACCCAAAGGCGAAAUAGUAUUAGAGAAUGUCAACUUUUCCUACGUUGGUGCACCACUGCUAAAAGGCCUGAACCUGCAUUUGAAGCCUGGGAAAAGCAUAGCUUUAGUGGGGAGGUCUGGCUGCGGGAAGAGUACCGUGGCAGCCCUUAUUCUUAGGCUGUACGACCCUGAAGCGGGCAGGAUAUUAUUAGAUGGGGUGGAUAUCAGGCAGCUGGACCCCGUGUGGCUGAGGGGUCAUAUAGGAUACGUCAGUCAGGAACCUGUGCUGUUCACUGGAUCUAUAAAAGAGAACAUUCUCUAUGGUGCUCUUGAUGAUUACGUGCCGUCUGAAAAUGAAAAGGAGCCGGCAUGGUUAGUAGCAGCGAAAGCAGCUCAGCUGCAAGAGCUGGCGACGGGCAGUCGCGACGGCUGGGCGCGCGCGGUCGGCGCGGGCGGCUCGCAGCUUAGCGGCGGACAGAAACAGAGAGUUGCCAUCGCACGCGCUAUAGUCAAGAAUCCAAAAAUCCUCAUACUCGACGAAGCUACCUCAGCCCUAGACACGUAUUCGGAAUACCUAGUUGAUAAAGCACUGAAAGAAAUCAGCCGAGACCGAACAGUCUUGACCAUUGCACACAGACUUAGCACAAUACAGUCAGCCGACGAAGUCGCUGUUAUAGGCGACGGGAGGAUCAUAGAAAAGGGACCAUACACUGAACUAAUGGCGAAACCAGAUGGCUAUUUCAGAGAGCUCAUAACGCAUCAGACGUUUGCCGGGACGAAGCCAAAAGACAAUACAGAUGUACAAAGAACCUAAUAAACAAUUUUUUUUUUUUUAGAAAAAUGUAUCUGUAAUCGCAAAACGUUGUGAAAAUGUUAGGCUGCGCGCACAUUAGUUACCUGAACAACUGGUUGCUCGAUUUAUAAACUACAUUGAUCGUCGAUUAUUCGAGUAACUAUGCAACCAAAAUCAAUUGUGUGCUGUUCGCUUGAUCGCUCGUUUCAAUCGACAGUUACUUAUAUCAUAGCAGCCAAUGUUCGACCAACCUAAAACAAUACCGUUAUAACCGUCACUGUUAUUACAGAAUUUUGAGUGGUUUGAGAAAAAGAUAUCAAGGAAAAAUAGACAACACCCUAUGGAACGAAACUGUAGGGGUUGGGUUAAAAUAUACAUCUUUUAUUAAGACAUUUGGGACCUCUUUUAUUAUUUCUGAAAAGAUCUUUUCAAAUUUUUUUCAUUUUUUUUUUAAAUUUUUUCUUAACAUACUUAUUUAUCUACCUACCGAUUUCACUAGGCACUUUUAUUUAAGACUUUCAAAGUGAUAAUGUUGCUAAUACAUAUUUAUUACAUCUAUAACUUCUGUUAUAACUUAUAUGUAAAUAGUUAAACGAAAUAUGUUGGUUGUUGUAUAUUUGUUUUUUAGAAAAGUAAACUUGGUGAAUUGUUACUUAUUACAAAAUUCCACUUUGUAUUUUUAAUUGGAUGAAACUACGAAACGAAUUUCCGAAAUAAUCAUGAAUAUUAUAGGUAUAAUGUUGGAUAUAUAAAUAUGUGAUAAAAAUAUUGUACAUAGGUCUAAAAAGCGAUAUUUAAAUCAUAAAAGAAAGUAGGUAAUGUUUCUUAAGCUGUGUCCACACCAUUAAUUUUCGCCGCCUGCUACUUGUCGACACCCGCCUGUAAAGGAUUCUUACCCUUUCCCUCUUUCAAAGUUUAACGUGCCCAUCCAUAGGAAAAGCUACCCUAGAAUUAUGUUUAAAAAUCUUUUUCCGUGCAAAAACGUUUACACUGACGAAAAUUCGUAAUUCGAACAAACAUCCUCAUUGGUGUGGACACGGCGUAACAUAAAACUUUUUUUUUCUAUUUUUUUAUUAUUACAAAUUUGAAUAAAAGGCGAGCAUGCUACAAGGUCAAUUUAUAUGUGUAUAGUUGCAAUAAGCGCAAUAGCGUUGCAUUCUUUGAUUAUCUAAAUUAGUUUGAUGAGUUUGCAAUCAGGAUACAUUGUCGACCUUUGGAAUUUUGCUCUAUUGACCUUCGUAACAAUAUCUAAAUUAAAAAUACUUUAAGGCACUGUUUAUACAGAAGUGGUCAGUGGCGUGGACAUAAUCACGUCCGAUGUGAAUGAAGAAGUGUCCGUGCCACUCCGCCACUUCUGUAUAAACGGUGCAUUAAAUACUUCUUUACGAAAAUUAAAAAUAAAUAAAAA